AUGAGCUUCCACUUCCACACAGUGUGGCCCGUGGGAGAUCUAGCCCGACUCGUCACUGGCUUGCUGUCAGCGCACCUGCCGGAAUGUUGGAGGAAAACGACGCAGCCGGCCGCCGCCGCCGCCGCUUCGGCCCCCGAUGAACCCCUCUUCGCUUUGCCCGGAAACGGCAGACUGGACAUCAAAAGGCACGCGGUGACGGACGACUACAAAAUCUCCAGCCAGGUUCUGGGCUUGGGAAUCAAUGGCAAAGUUUUGGAGUGCUUCAGCAAGAAGAAUGGGCAGAAGUGCGCUCUCAAGAUCCUCUACGACAACCCCAAAGCGAGACGGGAGGUGGAGCUUCAUUGGAGGGUGUCUGGCGGGCCGCAUAUCGUCCGAAUCCUCAGCCUGUAUGAGAACAUGCAUCGUGGCAAGAAGUGCCUGCUCAUCAUCAUGGAGUGUAUGGAGGGCGGAGAGCUGUUCAGCCGCAUCCAGGCCCGAGGAGACCAGGCUUUCACAGAGAAAGAGGCAUCUGAGAUUAUGAGAGACAUCGGCGCGGCCAUCGAAUUCCUGCACGGCAUCAACAUUGCGCACCGAGAUAUCAAGCCCGAGAAUCUACUGUACACCUCCAAGCACAGGAACGGAGUCCUCAAGCUCACGGACUUUGGGUUUGCCAAGGAGACCACCCAACACAACCCUCUCCAGACCCCCUGCUACACACCCUACUAUGUGGCACCGGAGGUUCUGGGUCCGGAGAAAUACGACAAGUCGUGCGACAUGUGGUCUCUGGGCGUGAUCAUGUACAUCCUGCUGUGCGGCUUCCCUCCCUUUUACUCCAACACGGGACAAGCCAUUUCACCUGGAAUGAAGAAGCGAAUCAGGAUGGGCCAGUAUGAAUUUCCCAACCCGGAGUGGGCCGACGUGUCACAUGAAGGCAAAAGUUUGAUUCACCAGCUGCUGAAGACGGACCCCAACGAGAGGAUGACCAUCAGUCAGUUUAUGAAACACCCCUGGAUCAGCCAAGCCGCGGCGGUGCCCUCCACUCCGCUCCACACCACCCGAGUGCUGACCGAGGACCGAGAGAUGUGGGAAGACGUCAAGGAGGAGAUGACCAGCGCUUUGGCAACCAUGCGUGUCGACUAUGACCAGGUGAAAAUCAAGGACCUGGACACCUCCAGCAACCCGCUCCUCAUCAAGAGACGCAAGAAAGCCGCCGCAGGGGCCAAGGGCGGCGCCGCAGUCUGCCAAAGUCAGUGAGGCGGGCGGCUCGCCCUCAGCCUCACCUUCAAGGACGGCCCUUUUUGAAUCGAGAGAUUGGCAAAAAGAGACCAAGAGAUUAGCAACACGGCGGGACGUAUUGAGGUCUGCCUUUUGCUGCCGACAUGUUCGGAAAAGGAUUUGAAGACACUUUGAGGCUUAACGACUGUACGUUUGGGAUUUGGGGUGCCAUUUUCGACCGUGCGCCAAUCAGCGAGCAUCGUUCACUGACAAAGGAACCUCCAACGUUGAACAAUUUGGGGCUUUAUUUGACAGAACGUCACCUGUGAUGUCACUUUUGAUUUUAAUUUUUUUUUUUAAAGCGUGAUGCUAUCACAAUAUGGUACCGGUGAUUGCAAGGAGGAAAAGUGUCAGUUGACCCCAGAAGUGCCAUCCGUUAUUUUUCCCACCGCUCGUCCUUGUUCGGGUAGCCGCAGCCCAUCCGAGCUGAGUUUGGGCAAGGGGCGGGGUCAUGGCCUGUACCGGUUAUAGCAGCCUUGAGGAAGGCCGCAGUUUGAUUGCGGAAUCAAAGGAAUUCGCCGCAGGCGACAAAUUGCCUGCGGCCGCAGCAACAUCGCAUGACAGAUUGGGUUGGACCUUGGAGCUUCCACCCUUUAACAAACCAAGUGUGCAACUCCAGCACACUUGUGCAAUGUUGUUUGCCUUCAGAUGCCUUUGUCACCGACUUCAGAGCAAAGUCUGACUCGUGUGCCCCUUUCCUGAACUCGGACUAUUUGUCACCAAGACAAUAAAGUGACCCACUGAUCUUGA